AUGGAGGAGCCCUCAACCUCGACCCGGCAGCUAAGGCAGAGCACCAUGGAGAGGAAGAUGAGCGCCAUGGCAUGUACCAUCUUCAAUGAGCUUCGACUUGAGGGAAAACUCUGCGACGUGCUCAUCAGAGUGAACGGCAUUGACUUCAACGCCCACAAGAAUAUCCUAUGCAGCUGUAGCUCCUACUUUCGGGCUCUAUUUACUAGCGGUUGGAACAGCAUAGAAAAGAAGGUGUACAACAUUCCAGGGGUAUCCCCCGACAUGAUGAAGCUCAUCAUAGAAUAUGCAUAUACUCGGACAGUCCCAGUCACUGUGGAAAAUGUUGAGAGACUCCUGGCUGCUGCAGACCAGUUCAAUGUCCUGGGAAUUGUCAGAGCUUGUUGUGAAUUCCUUGAAUCUCAGUUAUGCCUUGAAAACUGCAUCGGGAUCUGCAAAUUUGCAGACUACUACUUCUGCCCAGAGCUCCGACACAAAGCCUACAUGUAUAUCCUGCACCAUUUUGAGGAGAUAGUGAAGGUGAGUGAGGAGUUCCUAGAGCUGUCAGCCUUUGAGCUCAGAGACAUCAUUGAGAAGGAUGAGUUGAAUGUGAAACAAGAAGAUGUAGUAUUUGAUGCCAUUCUCAAGUGGAUUGCCCAAGACCCAGACAUCAGGAAAAAGUGCAUUGUCAUACUGCUGCCCAAGGUCAGACUGGCUCUGAUGAACGCCGAAUAUUUCAUGAAUAACGUGAAGAACAAUGAUUAUGUGAAGGAUAACGAUGACUGUAAGCCCAUCAUCAUUAACGCGCUAAAGGCCAUGUACGACCUGAACAUGAACGGACCGUCCAACUCGGAUUUCCGUAACCCGCUGACCAGACCCCGGCUGCCGUACUCCAUCCUGUUUGCGAUCGGCGGCUGGAGCGGGGGCAGUCCCACGAACGCUAUCGAGGCUUACGAUGCCCGGGCGGACCGCUGGGUCAAUGUAACGUGUGAGGAGGAGAGCCCCCGGGCAUAUCACGGAGCCGCCUACCUGAACGGCUUCGUCUACAUCAUCGGCGGCUUCGACAGCGUCGACUAUUUCAACAGCGUCAAGCGCUUCGACCCGGUUAAAAAGACGUGGCAGCAGGUGGCCCCCAUGCAUUCCCGCCGCUGCUAUGUCAGUGUCACGGUGCUCGACAGCUUCAUCUACGCCAUGGGCGGCUUCGAUGGCUACGUCCGCCUCAACACCGCCGAGCGGUACGAGCCCGAGACUAACCAGUGGACGCUCAUCGCCCCCAUGCACGAACAGCGGAGCGACGCCAGCGCUACCACCCUCCACGGCAAGGUUUACAUUUGCGGAGGAUUCAAUGGUAAUGAGUGCUUGUUCACAGCCGAAUUCUACACUCCUGAAACUAACCAAUGGACGACCAUAGCACCCAUGAGGAGCAGGCGUAGCGGCGUUGGCGUUAUAGCUUAUGGUGAAUGCGUAUACGCAGUUGGAGGCUUUGAUGGGGCCAACCGUCUCCGGAGUGCUGAAGCUUACAGCCCACUCACCAACACCUGGCGCACUUUACCCACUAUGUUUAAUCCGCGGAGUAAUUUUGGAAUUGAGGUGGUGGACGAUCUCUUGUUUGUUGUGGGCGGUUUCAAUGGUUUCACGACGACGUUCAACGUAGAGUGUUAUGAUGAGAAGACAGAUGAAUGGUACGAUGCCCAUGACAUGAGCAUCUACCGCAGUGCCCUGAGUUGUUGUGUUGUGCCAGGACUACCUAACGUUAGAGAAUAUGCAGCGCCCAGAGACAGUCUGCUGGGAUUACUGUCCCGUGAGGAACAAAUAAAAUACUCUGCCUCUACCAGUCUCUUAGCGGUAUGA